UCCAUUGACACCAGGAAACAGACGAAUCCCUACCCAGAGACCAAACCAAGAAGAUAAUGUCAAUUAGGUAGUGUCGGUCUUUUGCUGACAGUCGAUUCCCGAUACUGGGGUGAAACGCCACAGUCAGUUGACAUUUGUGUGGGCAAAUUGCCCUUAACGUUAUUGUGAGUAGGCUGCCGUGUCGUGAGUGCGUAAAAAGACGGGGGAGACGCGAGGAGGAAGAGGUCGGCGGCUGGCAGCUCGCAGUGGACGAGAGUUUUCAGGGCCUGGUAAGGACUGAGAAGAUGAGCCAUGGAGUGAUGGUGCGAGAGAGUACAGGCUUCCUGGGCUCCCUAUCAGCAGUAGUGUUGAGCCUGCCUCUGCUACUGCUCCUGAGUUCAGCAUCCACAACACAUGCCUCAGUGUGCAGGCCUCCACUGGAACCGGAGAAUGGAGGCUACUCCUGCCACCCAUCGCCCUGCCGGACGCUGAAGGAGGGCACUGUGAUCGAGUUCUUCUGCGACGAGGGCUACGUCAUGAAGGGAGACUACAGGUACCUCACCUGCACCAGCGGAGAGUGGAACACCUUGACACAGGUCCGCUGCCUCCCGUCUCAAGAGAAGGAGCCGGAGCCGGUGUUCGGCAUGAACACGCUGUCCCUGGUGGCCACCACAGCCAGCUCGGUGGCCCUGGUCCUGCUCCUGGUGGUGCUGUUCGUGCUGCUGCAGCCCAAGCUCAAGUCCUUCCACCACACGCGGCGCGAUGAGGAGGUGGGCGGUCAGCCCGUGUCCAUCAUGGUGGACGGGGUGCAGGUGGCGCUGCCGUCCUACGAGGAGGCGGUCGCCGGGAACGGCGGCGCGUCGUCCAGUCUGACCGCUCCUCCUCCCGCGGAACACGACGCCCAGAGGCCGUCCGCGACUCCGUCACCGCAGCAGCAGCAGCAGCAGCAGCAGGCCGAGCCGCAGGCCCCCGGGCAGCACGCGGAGAUGGCCAUGGUGCACAGGGUGCCGUCCCCUUCCUCGCCAUCCUCCUCCUCCUCCUCGUCCUCGGCGUCACUGUCGCUGAUGGGAGCCGCCGCCGCUGCCACAGGGGCCCGUCGGGGGGAGAGGCCGAGCAGCUCACACAGCGAGCCGCACAGCCUGCUACUGGAGACCUCAGAGCUGGACUUCGCUGACGAUAUUCCGCUGCUGAAGGAGGCCUAAGGGGAGCAGGAGGCGGCGGGGCAGCUGGAGGACUUUGGGCUGCUGCACGCGUCCCCUGCCCAGAGAGGAGCUGUGGAGCAGAGGCCUACUGUACAACACACACCUGGGGGUACUCCACCUGCCUGCUGUAGCCCACCACACACACACACACACACACACACACACACACACAAACAUGCACAUAAACACACAAACAAACACGCACAUAGACGCAAACAAAUAAACAAACAAAAACACACACACACACACACACACACACACACACACAAGCAAGCAAACACAGACAGACACACACACACACACACACAACCAAACAACCAAACAAACACAAACACACACCAUGCAUACACAUAUGUACACACACACUCACACAACUUACCCACCUCAGGUGAUUUUCAGACGAGGGUAGGCGCCCCAAACACGGGACUCGCUGGGGGCCAGCGCCCUCGUGUACAUAACCUGCAGCUGCGGACAGACGACCUCUGACCUCUGUCUGGCGCGCUGCGCGGCUCGUUUGCUGAGCUCCAGGGACGCGGUGCCUCGCACCCCGCGCAGGAGCCGCCGAGCGUCCGCGGGAGGGAGGGCUCGGCUUCACGUGCAAUGAAAUCCUUUUGGCGUGUGUGUACAUUUCGUUUGCUUUAUGAGGUUUUUUUUUGGGGGGGGGGAUCUUUGAGAAAGAUCUGCACUCUGGUUUGUGGUUUGAGCUUUUUUUUGGAUGUCACUGUCCCUGUCGCAUGUUUUCUCUCCCCCCCCCCACCUCCUUCACUACUGCACAUUUAGGGGUUGAUGCAUGGGCGCUUGCACGUCAAGUCUCCUCACAGCGGACACGUUACCCGUCUAUACUCUCAUCCGCACACACCAAAAACAGUCCACUGAUUUUUAUUAUUACUGAGGUGGAGGGUCUCACUUGGUACUUUUUACAUUCAGUUUUUAAAUCCAGAUCUUAUCUUUAUCCACCAAAAGGGCUAUUCGCUAUGUCACCCUGCCAGACACACACACACACACACACACACACACACACACACACACACACAUUCACUUCCCUCUCGGAGUCUCUUGUUCCCACUGUGAACAUGAUGCACACUUCCUCAGCCACCUCGUGAAAUGGCAUAUGGUGAAACAGGGAGUCUCUUCACUAGCCACUGACACCACACACAAAGUCCCCAAAGCCCUCCUCCCUGAAUGGACAGAGUGGUCUGGUGACUCUCCCUGGCGAGCUUUAAGGUGUGUGUGCGUGUGUGUGUGCAUGUGUGCGCGUGUGUGUGUGUGUGCUCAGCUGUCGAUAUAUGUGCGGUGUACCAUGCGCUGUUCCGCGAAGCUCACCAUGCCAUCUUCUGCUGUCCGAUUGGGAAAUCCAGUGGUCGUAUUUGUACAUAGUCCGCAGAUCAAUUUACGUUUCAGAUGGCCUUAGGUUUGUGCCUCAGGGCACAGAUUCUGUCUACAACAUCAGGAGAUUUUUCUGUGACUUUUCUGACUAAACAACAAUGAAUGUUAAAAUGUCCGUAAAGCCUUCUGGAGCUUGUUGAUAAAAACAAAACAACAAAGAGAAAAAGAGAUCACACAAUGCUUGAAUACCCAGUGGAUCUUAUUUAUUUAUAUUUUUGUUCAUGUGUAAAAAAUAAAAAACGACUGUGCAUUAUUGUAAAUUAGACCUGCAUCAGAAAACUAAAUUAAGUAGUGAAUCUUGGCUUUAGGAGUGCAUCUCAGAGCAAGGACUGUUUGGAUGUAGACUCAUUCCUUCACCAAUCAUGUUAUGCUUUCUGGCUUUGGUCUUGAUUGGGUCUUUUGGGAUAUUUAAUGUUUUUACUUUAAUUUAAAACCAAAAAAGAUUUGCUCUGUACAAAAUGGAAGUUUUCAUUUGAUUUUAUUAUUUAUCUAGGAACUGAAUGAGGAAGCCUGGAUGACUAUGCUCAAUGUUUGUAUAAAAUUUAAUUUAAUUCCACACUGUAUAUAACAUGUAACAGUUUCUAAUUAAAUACUCUUUCUAAGUGUG